CUGACUUUUACCAACUCACUCCAUUGCGUUCUGUCAGUAUGUUCAAUACAAACCACCUCUAUAUACUCCGAUAUACAUAUAUAUACUAUAAUGUGCAGCUGUAAUCAGUGUGUCCUACUGUUUUUAAUGAUCGUACAUACAUGAUUCUUGGUUUGAUAACUGCUUUUAUGAAACUAUUGAUUAUGCGUCGUAUAGGUUAAAAUUAAAACUGGCAUUAGGAGGUUUAAGAAAAUAAGGAAAAAUGGACAGAGCUAAAACAGGAAUUGGCCGUGGUGCAAAGAAUAAAAUUGCUCAACAUCCAUCAGAUCUGUUUGCUCUUGGUUCCAAAAGUAGUCGUGGUGAAACAUCGGAUACAAAGAGACCUGGAGUUAUUCAUGGCAAACCAGGACCAAGUUCCGCUACCCCAGGUACAGAUCGCAAGAAAGAAGCGCCAGCUGCGCUUCAGUCAUUAAUUCCUGCAAAAAAGCCAAAACUCGCAACGCAUAUCUCUCAUCCUCGACCUCCAUUAUCAAACGCAGAAGCAUGGGAAGUAGUAGCAAUAGAUUGCGAUCCUGCCGAUCUUGUUCCAAUGGUUCUUGAAGCAAGUGACAACGACGAAGGGGACAAAGUGGUUGGCAUAAUUUGUGGGGCCAUAAAAACUCUCAAGAAUCAAAGAUGGAAACCCGAUACUUUAAUUUACAUGGGAUUGAUGUAUUUAGCGAAGAUUCGUCCAUCGAUAUUUUCAAACGAUUGCAUCCUCCACGCUCUGUCUUCCCUUCUAAAGCGCGACCAGUCCCAUAACUUCAAGAGCAAAGGGAAUCCCCUGGUACCAGUUCUUGCUGCGAAUUUAUUGAUGCGAGGUUUUCACGACAAGAAAAAUUGGCCAGACAUCUUUGUUAAGUUAUAUAUUGAGGAUGCACUGGGUGAGAGAGUUUGGGUUGAUCAUGAAGAAUGCAAAGGUUUUGUCGAUAAUAUUUUAACUGGCUUCGGUACAAGACAGCCACCGAAAAGUACACUACAACCGGAGUUGCCAGUUUCGACUCCAAGGGAUUGUCACAGUCCAUCCACAUUAGAGGAUGACGACUCUGGUACUUCGACCGUACAGUUUUCUGGUGACAAGGAGAAAUCUGAUUUUCCAGUGGUACCAAGAUACGCCGAGUGUCUUGAGGUCAUUGAGCUGAUAGUAUUGGAAGCUAUAAAAGAACAAUUAAAUAGAAGACAACCCGAAUCAAUAACUAGAAAUUUCUUGAGAUUGCUUUCGUCAGCAUGCGGUUUCGUUGAAAUUAGGAAUAUUGCCAUUCCACGAUUAGAAGUGUGGUUGCACAAUCCUAAAUUGAUGAGGCCAGCCCAGGAACUUCUUAGUUACGUCUGUUAUAACUGCACUACGCAUACCCAAAGAGAUGUUGAAGUUAUAAGUCAGUUAGUCAAGAUGAGACUCAAAACCAAACCGGUAAUCAACUUGUAUCUAAAUGGUGUGAAGGAACUAAUCGGUUUGCAUCCAGAAAAUCUCUCGACGAUUUUAAAGCACACAAUUUAUAAUGAAUUGUCAAACGCACGGAAUCCAAAUAAUAUGUCGAUGCUAGCAGUUAUGUUUCAAACCUCGCCAGAACCAACAGCUAAAUUACUCGCAGAAAUAUUCCAAGAUGUGUUAAUGAAUCGUGAGGAUUAUUUGCGACCUUUGCGUGCACUGCUGAGAGAAAUUGUACGUGUCUGCCGACACGAUAUUAAUUUGAUGGUCUUUGCGCGAACGUUAAUGUCCAAUAGACAGGACAUAGCUCAGCAGUUACUCACUUUUGACUUCAAAGAGCGAGUCUUUAUGGCGAUAACUGAUCUAUUGUGUCUGUGUAUGUUCUUAGCGAUAAGUCAGCAAGUGAAGGAUGCUGCUGUACUGGUGCAGAGAGGUGAUAAAAAGGAUGUAGCUGUUUUACAUCAAUUUCAAAAUUUAGUUUCCAGUAUACAACACGAGGCUGUGAUGUGGCUUCAAAACGUAGUCCAACAAAUGUAUGGAAUUGGAAGAAAUGAGUUGCUUCAUGCAUUGCAUAAGAUUUUGUUGCUAGAAUCUCCUGAUCAAUAUUACAAAUUGGACAAUUGGCCUGGUGAAUCGGAAAGAGUACUCUUUAUGCGUCUGGUGUCCGAAGUACCAUUAUUACAGACUACACUUUUCAGAUUGCUUCUAAUAGGAUAUUCCAAAGACAAUGGUAUCACUCAUUCUGAAACAUUAGAGCUAACUGAUCAAUUAAUACGAAGAGCAGCAGCUAUUUCAUCAGAGAGCUUCCCUAUGUUACAAGCUGAUAAAAUAGAAAUGAUUGAACUUAUUUUUAAUCUAAGUGUAUAUCAGCCCCCUGGAUCUAUCAAUAUACCGACAGAUUACGUACCUCCAAGUUUGGCGAUAUCAAAUUUAUAUUGGAAAGGUUGGAUAAUGGUGUUAAUGCUAGCAGCGCACAAUCCUUCUACUAUUGGUGCAUUUGCAUGGAAAAGAUAUCCUAUUUUGAGCACUCUUAUGGAAAUGUGUAUUACAAAUCAUUUUUCGUAUCCGCCCCCUACCAUGGCUCUACCUGAGGUAAUUGAACAAGAGCGAGCAAAGGAAAUGCAAGUUGAGGCAAUAGAAAAACAAGAAAUACUUGAGUACGAAACUCAUCUCGCAGCAGCAUCUACUAGGAUGCAAAUAUCUGAACAAAACAGUUUGUUGCUUUCCCAACUGAUAACUAUGGACCCAACUGGUAUUGCUAGAAGACCUCCACCAGCUGUCUUGGAGCAAAUUCAAGCUUUGAACGUCUCUCAUCGGCUUGGACAUCUACUUUGUCGCUCAAGAAAACCUGAUUUCUUAUUGGAUAUUAUUCAAAGGCAACAGCAAAGCUCAUCCCAGAGUAUGCCAUGGUUGGCAGAUCUUGUGCAAAAUAGCGAGAGCGCUCUUAGUCAAUUGCCAGUUCAGUGUCUCUGUGAAUUUUUAUUAUCAACUACUCCCCAAGCUGUUGAAAAACAACCCAGGACACAGCAAUUACUUGCUCAUCUUCAGACGCUGCUAACUGAUCCGAACCAAGAUCAUCAUCGGGCUUUUGAAGUAUUAGAGUACUUCAUGAGGCGGUUGAGCUGUCAACAAAGCAGUAGUAGAGUCCAAGCCAUAGCUGGUUUAAAAAUGGUUCUUGGACCCAUUCCUCUUGAAGAUGAAAGUAUGGAAGUGGAAGGAGAGAAUGAUAGGUAUGUACAUUAUUUUUUUUCAAAAUAUAUAAUAUUACUAUAUAAUAACCUUAAUAUUUUCUGUUACAGAGAAGUCUGGUUACUCCGAAAAUUACCAACUAUUCCUCAUUUCGUCUCAAUACGUUCAAUGGUCUCUACUGCUUUACGCAGUGCUUGUCAGAUAGAGAACUCUCCAGAUCUAAUUCGCGCGUACAUCUUUUACCUUGCUGCGCAUAGUCUCGAUGAUGAUCUUCCUGAUUUAAUUGAUCUGUCGAAUGAGAUUUCACAAUUGGUAGUAGAACGCAGUACCAUUAUCGCUGCUAUACUUCCACAGCCUGAUAACGAAUCACAAUUAGCAAAGCAGACAUUGCAUGCAUUUAUGGUAAUCUUCUGUAAUUAUCUUCAAAAAGUACGUGCUCCUAGAGGAGAGGGUUUUACGUGGUCUGAGAGUCAAGAUCAAAUUUUACUGCAAUGGAGUACGGGAGAGGAAUGUACAAUGCAUAUACUAGCUGUUCAUGCUAUGAUCAUUUUAUUGACGUAUGACUCGUCGAAUGACGAGGAACUGUUUAACGAGCUACUAGAAACAUGGUUUCCCGAAACCGCUGACCCACCAAAGGCAUUCCUUGUGGACACUAGCGAGGAAGCUCUCUUAAUACCUGACUGGUUAAAGCUCAGAAUGAUAAGAAGCAAUGUUCCCAGAUUAGUUGAUGCAGCUUUAAAAGAUUUAGAACCACAACAACUGGUAUUGUUCAUUCAAAGUUUCGGUAUACCUGUUUCUUCGAUGAGCAAAUUAUUACAUACGCUAGACGGGGCUGUACAAAUUGAUCCUGGUUCCGUGGGUGAAGCUGUUCUAGAUAAAACCUACAUGGCCCAAUUGGUUAAGGUGCAACAUCGCCGUGGUGCAACUGGUGGUUUAGUAUUUGUACAGGUUUUACAAUUGUUGGAACCACAAUUACCCGAUGAAAAUCCACUAGUUGUAGGAAAACUUCAAGAAACUCUACCACCGACUGCCAUGGUACAAAAACAAUCCGUGAUACAGUGCUCGGUAAAGACAGAUGUUCCACAUCUUAUUAACAGAUUGUUUAUUGAAAGUAUACCAAUCAAUCAAAAAAUGGAUGCCUAUCGAAGGUUGCAUAAGACUCUCGCAAAGGAUUUGCAAAAAUCUGCCAAAGAAAGCGGUGCUGUUGUUCUGGCGAUUCAGCAUAUUUGUAGCGUCUUAAGUUCAAUGCAAGUUAAACAGUUUUUGGCCUCACUAGUGCAUAUGCCCCAAUAUUCCUGCACUCUUAUGCGAGUCAUUUUAUUGCCUUUGAAGAAACCAUCAACAUCGAAACAAGUUGUUGAACUUGCAAGGAAUAUGUGCUUAAAUUUAAUAUCAUUAAUUGGUGAUGUGAAAGCACCAGUGUUAUCGAUCCUGAGAGACUUUGCUAAUAUGCAUUUGACGAAAGCUCAAAAGCGGAAGGAACUGGUUGUUUUGACACAGAAUCGCGAGCCACAGGAAAUUUUGGAGAAUAUGGAUUCUUUAAAUUUGGAAAGAGUGGGUCGCAAGUUGUUGGAUGUUUCCCUUAAACAACAGAAGAAUGAUGUUCUUGUUGAAGCAAUGGCAAAAUUAUUGGUAUCCGAUAGUAAUGAGGGUGUUGUGAAACAUAGGACAGGUUUACUGAUAGACUGGCUGGCUUCCGUCGAACCAGAACUAAUUGGAACUUGCCCUAAUCUACAGAUGAAACUUCUGUUUGGAAAAACGAAAAUCCAUAUAAAAAUCGAUGAAAGUAUUGUUAGUUCUCAUUCGUGCAGACCAUAUUUCUUGACGCUACUGACGCACAGAGCAAGCUGGGCUACUUUAUAUAAAUGCGUGGGUCAUUUAUUAGAUAAAUAUGACCACGAAUACGAUCCUACCGCUGUCUUAGAUUUUCUGUGGGCUCUAACAUGCAAUCCGAAACUUUGGCAAGGGCGAGAUAAAUUUACCCCAAAGCAUUACGUGCCCGAAAAUAUUUUACUUCUGUCUGAGCAACAGCUACUGAAUCUCGUGACGUACUUGGUAACUGAAGGCGUAACUAUUUGUAAUUGUCGGAACAGAAAUAUUGCUCUUACACAGAUGGAGUCACGGUUGGAUUUAUUAUUACAUUGCAUAUCUAUAGAAGACAAACUCACAUCUAGUGUUGUCAAAUAUUUGGCAGUGCAAAUGAUGGAUAAUGACAACAUACAUGCAGAUAUGGCACAGCAAUUUCUUCUGCUUAUGUAUAUGAAAGUACCUAAAGUAAUAUGCUAUCUCGAUACAUCUCAAACAAAAAAAUUUGUCGCUGGUGCAAAACUUACUGACUGGACGGGUUCUGUAUUGGAUUGCAUGAGUCAUUUUUUACUUACUGCUUUAGCAGCAACGCCUCGACAAAAGUCCUGGCAUUCCAAAUCUCAGGAGUUUGAAUUAUGCGCUAGAAAAAUGGCUGCGGUGCAUCCUAUUCUCGUUUUACGUCAACUUCCUAUGCUAUCGUCAUCACUGAAGGGUAGAUGUUAUGUAGAGUUUAGCCAAUUCCGAUCUGGAUUUCACUUACAUCUUUUUGUACAAGUCAUGGGACUGUUGGAAUUGCUGCAGCCUCAUUUGUUUAAUGAAGAACAUAAAACAUCCUUGGAGGACACCUUAGAAAAUUACUUUCAGUGUUUUCAAAAUUAUGGACCGAUAAAGGAGCUGGUGCCACUUUUGAAUAGAUUUGUAAGUUUGCUACAAGCUUAUAUUUCUCAUGCCGCACAGAGGGCUUUAAAGUAUCUACAAAAACAUGCCAAUGUGCUUCAUGAAUUACAGAUGCAACAUCCUGGUUUAAUAAGUUUACGGACUCUCAUGUCAGGAAUUCCUGUUCCAAGAGAAGGCGAGGAUGGAGAAGAAGUAUUAGUCACAGUCGCUCCUACACCACCUCCAGAACCCAUUGUGCCACAACAUUGGCCAGCACUACUUGUUACACUUACUAAACUUCAUGGAGAAGAUGUAUUUAUGGCUCUUCAAGAAAUUGAACACUUGUCAUCACGUAAGCCUUCCGUAUUGGAACCUGUGAUAGAUAAUAUUGCUGAAUUACUUAUGUCUCCACAAGGCAACAUACGAACAUUGGCUCAUACAUUGCUUGCCAGGGCUUUGAAGCACCGACCAUUACCAAAUCUUAAUAUAUUAUCUGCUUUUCAAAGAUGCCUUGAUAGUCCUAGAGCAGACGUUCUCAUGUCAGCUCUUGAUAGGUUACCAGAUAUGGUUUUGUGUAUGCAAGAACACGCUUUACCGUUAAUGCAGAAGGUCUUUGAACUUGGAGUGAAUUCUAACGUAAACACUAUCCCUCAUAUUAAUAAGAGCAUUACUCUACUAAAUAUUCAACAGGGUUGUUAACUGUAAAAUGCACAUUAAAUAAAUUUUUGUAUAAAGUACCACAAUUCAUAAGUGCUGAAAAUAGAAAAUAAAAAUACAUUUGUGAUAAUAUGA